CUUCCGGAGGGCACAGUGGUCCCUCGUGAGUACCCAACGUGAGUUGGGUAUUCCCUGUUCUUGUUACUUUUUUAGUAGGAGUAGCGAAUGGAGCGAGGGAGUCGUUGAACGCUGAGCGUACUUCAACGAGUGUUACUAACCUUCCGAUGGACUUCUUCUAGAAAUCGUUGACACUGGUUUCGGUACACGAGACAACUCGUUUUAUUAUUCUUCAAGCAACUGUGGUUAAUGGAUUCACGGAGUCGUACGAAUACCAAUUAAAUCUCAACGAGUCGAGUACUACUGACCUUCCAGCGUUAAUGAACGCGCGUUUGAUGUUCUUAAUGAACGAUGGCUUCGUUUCUAUCGUCGCGUGCAGCCACCCGGUGCUACAUUCUUGUAUGAGAUCAUAGCCUUCAGUAAUUGCCGAGUCUUGGGUGCUCGAGCUGGCCUAUUUUUAUUAUUCUUCGAAUAGAGACGGUGAAUGGAUUCAAGGGAGUCGUUGAACGUUAAUUGGACUCGAACGAGUACUACUGGCCUUCCGACGAUAAUGAAGCACCGAUGACUAGGCGUCCAGAGCGGGCAAACUUCAUUCUGUCUUCGCGUGCACACCUGGUACUUCAUUCUCGGUCGAGAUCGCAGCUUCCGAUAACUGCCAAGUUACAGAGACGGUAUCUUUUCGUUGACACUCGAGCGCGAGAGGUGAAAAGGUUCUAAGAACGAACGACGGCUAAAAAAGGUAAUCCUAAAAUAACCAAUCUGUUGUGGCUCUAAAUAAAUAUAGCUUUUGUCUUGUUUUUCUCCUGUAAAUGGUAUAUUUACAUGGACGAGGUAGUUCCUCUAUCUACAGUCGAUCCCAUAAAUAUUCGUACCCUCUAUGUCUAUCGAAGAAGUUUGACUAAAUUAAAUAAUAGUUUCGAUGUUACCAAAUGAAUUUUUCUAUAAUAUAUUUAAUAUUAUUUCUGUAACAAGUAAAGAGAAGUUAAUGUUUCUGGGAAGUCAAAUACAUACGACGAGUAACAUACAUAUUUUUACACUUGUCAUUUGUGUUUCCAAAAUUUAUUUAAAAACAUGACAUCCAUUAUUUAAUAUAGACACUCGUACUAUAAACAUAGAGGAUACGAAUAUUUAUGCGACUGAUUGCAUAUGUAAGUAUGCCUCCUUCAAAACCACUGUGUGACACUUUCCGCGAGUCUUCAUCUGAACGCAUACAGGUCAGCCGUGUCUGACCAACGUCUGAAUCUACUUCCGGGUACACCGUCUACUGGUCUCUACCUCUGCUAUUCAUUCUAAACCUAAUAUCCCGCUCUCCUUCAUUCUCCUCGAUCGUAAUACCCUCUGAAAAAUAAAUCAAUAAAUUUUUCCUCAGAAGUAGGUCAUCUCGUCUAGUUUUACCCCGAGGACCGCGUCAUCCUCCAAACAGCCGGACUAAAACAGCUCCCCUAGAGACAUUUGCGCACGGUGGCAUCUCAUUGAAACCAAUCUCGAUUUGGCGAGUCGAUUUUCCGGUUAACUAAGAUUUAUUUCGGUCGCGCGAACGACGAAAAGAAUUCCUGUGAAACAAUUGGCGUCGCGCAUAGUGCCGGCGUCGAAGUCUCUUGCGUGCCACCGGGCGUGCCGCGCGAUCCACGCCUCGCGUGUCACGUCUGGUGUCGUCAUCCGGGAUCAUCGAUCGCCGAUCCGCCGAAAUAAAACCACGCGCAAACCGUGGAACAACGUUUUCCGGUCUCAGCUGAUCGGGGACACCUUUUCGCGCCCGUUCUCCUUCCUAUCUCCUCAAAGACCAGCCCCACCUGUAUUUCUCUUUCGUUCUCCCCUCUCGGGUGCUACCCGUCCCCUCUACCCGGCUCUCGACUGCUGGAGAUCACUUUCGAAGACCCGUUAACCUACUCGGGGCCUCAGUGUUCCCGCUGCCAUCGGACCUGUGCGCUAUCGGCCCAGGUGAGCGCGCUUUUGCUUUCUCAACGAUCGUCCUUGGAUGCUGGUAGCCGAGCGUGGCGUUCCGAGGUAGGUGACUCUGAUGCCAAGCAGUUUGGACGGAGAGCCGGAACUAGCCGGUUCUCUCAGGGUCGCGAGUUCCAAAAUCGAAUCGAGAGGAUGAAGGGAUGGUUCGACGCGUUCCGCAUCGACGGGGGCCCGACGUUGUACAGCUACAACAACAGGACACCGGUCACUGGCGACGUUCCUUUGGUGAUCGUUUUCGUUAUCUUCGGCACGAUCUUCACGGCGUUUCUCGUGAUAUUCCCUGGCGUGCGAAAGGAGAGACUCAGUACAUUUCUCACCGUGACCCUGAGCCUCUUCGUCGGAGCCUCGAUUCAAGUGGCCCAGUAUGGCUCGUCCUGGCACACCAGCUCCGCGACCGUCGUCAGCACGUAUAGCGCGUACACCAGGCAGAAGACCACCGCUGAAAUCGGAGGCUACAUCGGCCUGAUGCACAUAAACAUCACGUACAGACUGGUGCCUAAUAGCGAACACCCAGUAGAUGACAUCGAGUACAACGAAAGGUUUUGGUGGAGAAGCACGGGUGAGAUGACCAGUGCCUUCAAGGAGGCCCUGAAUCAGGGCGCACCGUUUCCUAUAGUGUCUCUAGCGGAGUACUUCAGUCUUCACGAGGAGGGCUUCUCCUGGGGAAGCAAAUAUCGUCAAGCUGGAUACUACGCGUCCCUCAUGCUAUGGACAUCCUUCGCCUCUUGGGCUAUGACGAACCUCCUGUUGGUAGUAGUGCCGCGUUACGGAGCGUACGGCAUGAUUUUCACCGGCAUAUGCAUGCUGUUGACGAACCUGAUAUACUGGGCGCUUCUGCCGUGCGAGCCUCUAAUAGCGCACAUCGAUGGCUCCAUCCUUGCUUUCGAUCUGGGAUGGAAUUAUUGGCUGGUCUUACUGUCUGGUAUUGGAUGCAUGUUCGCUGGCGCGGUGAUAACGGCAAUCGAUAUGAUAUUCCCUCAUCAGUUCUCCACUAUACUCGAGGUUGACUACGACACUCCCUACGACCGACACGUUAUCAUAGAGGAGAGCUUCGACACGAGGAACAUCAGACGGAGGCUACCUAAAAUCGAGGACUCUUUCGGUGAUCGCAUAAUAAGUCAACUGUCGUCGAAAUUGCAGAGCAGACACGAAGCCAAGGAAGACACUCAGGGCGUGAUAAAUCGCGGCUACACGCCGCACGAGUCCUCGGAGUUCCAGCACGAAGACACCACCAAGAACAAUUGGUCUUACCCUUUUCCAUCGUCCUCGCGAAGAACCAUCAACGGCUGAUUUCUGUUGUUUGCGUACGUUCUUCGGUCUUCCGAAAUAAAAAUCAUAUCUUUAUUCCGCUUACUCGUCUGGUUACCACCCUAGAAAUCCUGGGAGAGAAGGGAGGGA